AUGCCUACCCAUCUCUCCAAGACCCGCAAGCAUCGUGGUCAUGUCUCCGCCGGCCACGGUCGUGUAGGAAAGCACCGCAAGCAUCCGGGUGGUCGUGGUCUCGCUGGUGGUCAGCAUCAUCACCGUACCAAUUUCGAUAAGUACCAUCCUGGUUACUUCGGUAAAGUUGGUAUGCGCCAUUUCCAUCUCACCCGCAACCAAUUUUGGCGACCGAUCAUCAACAUCGACAAGCUCUGGAGUUUGGUGCCCGCAGAGGAGAAGAAGGGCUUGACGGAGGCAUCCGAUGUCGUCCCAGUGAUCGACACCCUGCUGCACGGCUAUGGAAAAGUAUUGGGCAAUGGACAACUACCCAAACUCCCAUUCAUCCUAAAAGCCCGUUCCGUAUCGCAAAUCGCCGAGCAAAAAAUCAAGGAGGCUGGCGGCGUUGUCAAGUUGAUUGCAUGA